UGGCUCUCUAUCAGACUUCCAUUCACUUAGCCAAAUCAGGGAUAUUUUUAAUCGCAACGUCAUCUGCAACCAUGAGCGCCACGACUUCUCAAGAGACAGAUGACCCAACUUUUGACUGGCACCCCGGCGAGCUCUUGCAACCAGCACCCAAGGCAGCCGGGGCCCCGCCUCAGAGCCAUCCGGAAGCGGCCGGGUUCGCACUCAUUGUGCUCAACCAGCCGCUGCACACCCACCUCGGCGUGACACGGCGCCUGUGGGGCAACGCAUGCCUCCGCGUUGCAGCCGACGGCGGGGCCAACUGCCUGUUCGCCGCGGCCGGACAGCACGGCGACACGUCGCUUGACAACCUCGACCUCAUAAUCGGCGACCUCGACAGCCUGACCGCCCCGGCGCGCGCCUACUACGAGGCGCGCGGCACGCGGGUGAUCCGCGACCCGGACCAAGACUCGACCGACUUUGGCAAGGCGGUCGCCUGGGUGCGGCAACAGCAGCAGCAGCAGCAGCAGCAGCAGCAGCAGCAACAGACGCAAAGCCCCGCGGCGCCGCUCGACAUCGUCGCGGUCGGCGGCCUCGGCGGGCGCGUCGACCAGGGCCUGUCGCAGCUGCACCACCUGUACCUGUUCCAGGCCGGCGACGGCGCGGGCGGGUACGCGCGGGGGCGGAUGUACCUCUUCAGCGGGGAGAGCCUGACGUUCCUGCUGAAGCGGGGGCGGCAUCGCAUUCGCGUGCGGGAGGAGCCGGGCGCGGCGGGGAAAGAGGGCGGUUGCGGCGGCGGCGGCGGCGGCGGCGGCGGCGUGUUCGACAAGUACGUCGGCAUCCUGCCCGUCGCCGGCCCGAGCAGGAUCACCACGCGCGGGCUGGAGUGGGAUGUGCAGGACUGGGAGACGCAGUUUGGCGGGCGGCUGAGCACCAGCAACCAUGUGCUGCCGGAGACGGAGGUCGUCGAGGUGGAGACAACGUGGGAUGUGCUGUUUACGAUUGCGUUGAGGGAGAUGUGA